GGCAGUCGUCAGUGGUGUGGCGGCGGAGGCGGCGGCGGCGCGCGUGGUGACCAACCUAUUCCCUCACCCCGUAACACAGACUAAGAGCGCUUUUUGGCAUUCACCCUAACGAAGACGGGCGCGCAGAAUACGCGGGGGCGUCCGCCGCUCCACUGCCGACGCGCUGCGGCAGCCGAGGACGCGGAGCUGGGAACCGCCGCGCCGUCCGCCGCACUGCCGUCGCUUUCGACACAGCCGGAGCAAAUAACAGCUGAUUGUCGCACGGCGGCGACGAGUGACGCGACGCACCGUGUUUGGGUGCGCCAGCUGCUCGCCGAAACUGCGCCACAUUGGCAGACGCACGUGAGGUCGGCUUUGAAAGACUUGUGCUGAACACAGAGAGCCGAGACUAUAGAGACCUCGCCAGACCGAACUUCGAACCUCCGAACAAAGCUCACCAAAUGAAGCAGGACGCCUGACGCCGAGGCUAGAAUGGGCCUUGUGACCCAAGCGGAGUAGCUCAUUGUUUCUAGAGACUUUAGACUGCUGAGUGAAGCGGUUAUUUAUGUCCACGGCUCUCCUGCGUCUCCGGACCCGUGUUUCACGGCCGACUGACGCAGCCUGGACGCAGUGCUGGGCAACGUCAGCCGUCAGUGUGAUGUGGCGCGCGAUGACGCCAGGGAUGACGUGGAUGACGGCUGUGACGCUCCUCCUGGCUGGGGCGGAAUCGACAAGCUCAGGAGACUCCGAGCUGUACAAAGGCGCGCUGGUGCCUGCACUGGCGGUUUUGGGCGGCAGAGCGAGUCUUCCGUGCAGUCUGACCUCAGAGAAGCCUGGCGACCGGCCGGAGCUCGUACUCUGGUACAGGGAUAACUCCGGCGCGCCCAUUUACAGCUAUGACGCGCGUCAGGGUUCACUUGGUGGCGGAGUCCAAUGGAAGGACAGCUUUAUCCUGGCCAGCCGGAACGCCGAGUUUCUGGUGAACACGUCUCCGCCGGUGCUGGCCAUCGAUGACGUCAGAGAGGCCGACGCUGGGGAGUACCGAUGUCGGGUGGACUUCAAACUGACGCCCACCAAGUACCACCGCGUCAACCUCACCAUAAUCGUGCCGCCGACCCAGCCAGUGAUAUCGUUUCCAAAUGGCGAUAUUGUCGGUGAGGAGCUGGGACCUCUAACGGAAGGUGACCGCCUGAAACUCAGCUGUGAGACGCGGGGAGGUCGUCCGUCGCCGUCCCUCUCGUGGUGGCGCGGCCCGACGCUGCUGAGCAAUGCGCACGUGGUGACAUCUAGUGGCGUGCUGCGCAGUGUGCUCCACCUGCCUGCCAUCUCUCGGUCGGACGUCGACCGGACCCUGACCUGCCACGCCACCAACAACAACAUCAGCAAGCCGCUCUCCAGCAGCGUCCUACUCAAAACCUAUUUUCGUCCCCUUUACGUGCGCAUUGAGGGCCGAAACCGUCCGCUGUCUUUGGGCCGCGUGCAUCACGUGACCUGUACGACAGCUGGCUCACGACCAAAGCCUGUGAUCACGUGGUGGAUCAAUGGGUUAGAGCUGCAGGAUUACUCAGUGCAGACGUCUCUGGACGGCAACGAGACGACGAGCGUGCUGUCACUGAACGCCAGCCGCGGGCACAACGGCAAACACCUGACGUGUCGCGUCACCAACCCCGAGAUGGACUCCACCGUCAUGGAGGACGCCUGGAGAAUCACCGUCAAAUAUCCUCCGGAGGUUCGACUGACUCUGGGACCGCAGAUCGAUCCGAUGGCGCUCAGAGAAGGCAGCGACGUUUACCUCGAGUGUCGCGUCAAGGCGAAUCCAACCAUCUUCAAAAUCGAGUGGCUUCAUAAUGGCCACGUUCUUCAGCCGACCCCACGGGAGGGCAUCGUCAUGAGCAACAUGUCUCUGGUGCUGCAGCGUCUGACCCGACACAGGUCGGGUCACUACGUGUGCCGCGUGGCCAACAGUGAGGGCGAGAACGUCAGUAACCCCGUCCAGCUCAGCAUACAGCACGCCCCGGCCUGCCGCGCCAACCAGCGGCGCCAGUAUCACGUGGCCAAGCACGAGCAGGUCACCGUGCCGUGCCUGGUGGACGCGAAUCCCGCCAGCGUCGACUUCCAGUGGCGGCUGAACAACUCCCAUCAGCUGCUGGACAUCAGUCGAAACAGGGUGCGGUCUUCCGGCACGAUCAGUGAAGUCACUCUGAAGCCGACCAACGACCUGGACUUUGGUACCCUCGAGUGUAUCAGCGUCAACGAAAUAGGCGACCAGAGGACACCCUGCUACUUUGACCUGAUCCCCAUCGCGAACCCGGUCGGUCCGCCGGAGCCCCCCUCCGACUGCGCCAUCCGAAACCGCACCCAGGCAUCGCUGCACAUCGGCUGCACGGCCGGCGCGGCCGGCGGCUACCCGCAGACCUUCCACCUGGAGGCGUACCAGGCGCGCACACACGUGCUGCUCUCCAACCUGAGCAGCGAACAGGCCGAGUUUGUGCUGGGCAGCCUCGGGCCCGGCGAGGAGGUGGUGGUGCAUGUGUACGCGGUGUCGGAGCGCGGCAAGAGCGGGCUCGUCACACUCGAGGCCGGCACUCUCAAGGUGGCAGAGCUGAAGACGAGACAAGAAGACGAGUCGAGUGGUCUUCAGUUCACACCGCUGGUCGGUAUCCUGCUGGGAGCCAUCAUCGCGCUACUGCUGAUCGCCGUGGCCGUGGUGCUCACCCUGCGCCGGGUGCGGGCCCGCGAGCUGCGCGCCGCCAGACGCGACACGGAGGAGAGUCGAGAGAAGAUGCUCAGCACGCACACCCUGGACAGUGACCGGGUGGGCGACAAGAGCCCCGACGUGGUGCCCUGCACCAGCACGCUGCUCGACAAAAGAAAGGGUGGCGGUAGCCAUCACGAAGCGCGGAGGCCUCAGCGGCCCGUGUCGCCCGGAAUGCCCAGCAUAUCGGAGACGGUGUCUAUCGCUCCCGACAGCAGUCUGCCGCGCAGACUGGCCUCACUGGAGUACCUCGACACUCGAUUAGAGUGCGGGGAGACGAGCUCACUCCGCAAGUCUCCCAGCAUAGAGAUGUUCCCGUCCCGAAUGGCCGAGAUACCGGGCUUCCCAAAGUCGCCGGCACCGUGCAGCCAUCUUCAUAUGGUGUACGAUUCGACUGCACCACCGUCAGAGGCGGGGAGUGAAGGUCGUGAUCGUAAAUGGCACGAGAGUGUGGUGUGAUGAAGGUGACCGCACGAGCACGUGCUGCGUGAGCGUUCGAUCACUAUUUGUGCCUCUGGGACGGUUGCGAGUGCUGGAGUGGACCAGCGGUGUAUCGCAGGGACUGCUACUGUCGCCAGUGCAGUUUGAUGUCGGACGAUAAUUUGGAAAUGUGAGCUGUUGGUGCCGUUAUGAAAGAUCGUGUGUUUAAUUAUUGUGUUGGGAGUCAGCAUGGCGAUUGGAGACAUGUGAAGAGACUGGUCAAAACUAUUGCCAUUAUGUAUUCAGUGUAACACUUUACCGAAGGGAAUAUGGUCUGUCCACGACUAUCAGUGAGAUCUCAAAAGUGCAGAGCCUAUUUUAAGGGAAUUUGACUGGGGGGGCAACCUGGAAAAUUGUCUUUAAUAAUCCAUUAACCCUCGCCC